UUGCCUUGGGAAGGACACAUCAGCUGACCUGCUCUCCUUGGCAGCCUGAAACAGGACAACACAGCAGGCCAAACAUGAGCCAAGCAGAAGGGAAUGGGCACUCAAGCCAUUUGGAGGUCAAGAAGGAUGCUUUGACGGUGAUGCCCUGAGUUGAAGGAGAGCAACUGUAUCUCCGCUUUCCUUGUCCGAAGGGGCCGAUGUCUCUCGACGGUCAACCCCGGAGCCUUUCUUCGGACGUCUACCUCUCCAGACUCGUGGAGGGUCUUGGGGGCCUCCGCUCCGGGAACGUCCUUUGUGACGUGACGUUGGAGGCCGAGGGGGUCUCCUUCCCUGCCCACAAGGCUGUCCUGGCUGCGGCCAGCGGCUACUUCAAGAUGCGCUUUGGGAGAGAGGAUGCAGACGGCAAUGGACACCUCAAAGUCGGCUCCGUCUCGGCCCGAGGCCUAGAGAGCGUCCUCUCCUUCGUCUACUCCAACCGCCUGGCACUGACCCUCCGGACCGUGGAGGAGACCUUCUGGGCGGCCGAGGCGCUGCUGGUGCGCGAGGUGAUGGGCCUCUGCUUCCGCUUCCUGGAGGACAGUCUCAGCCAGGAGACCUGCCUCCGGGUCCUCAAGAUUGCCAAACGGAUCGGACCGGCGGAGCUGACGGAAAAAGCGGUUUGUUGCGUGAGCAGGCAUUGCGCGGAGAUCCUGACCGAUCCGUCGCGGCUGAAGGACCUGGAUGGAGACACAUUUUGUGAAAUCCUGGACAGAGAGGAUACGCAAGGUCUCACGGAGCUGGAACUCUUCCAGGCAGCUCUCAGCUGGUUGCAACAAGAUGACGCACGGCUCAAAGAUGCGCCCCGUCUCUUACGGAGAAUCCGGUUCCCGCUCAUACCGCUCAGAGACUUGCAGGGAUGUGUCCGGGAAGAGCCCGUCGUGAAGGCAGAGCCCGCUUGCCGCCGGUAUCUCCAGGAGGCCUUGGACUAUCAUUCCCAGCCGUACGCACAGCCGGUCCUGCAGAGCGAGCGGACAAAGGUCCGAGGAGGGGCCCACGCGCUGCUCGUCCUCGGCGGCAGGUCUGCAGACAACACCAUCCGCAGUGAUGUCUGGGCGGCUGCGGAUCAGAGUUGCCGUUCCUGGGAGGAGAUUGGGAAACUGAGCGGGCCCACGUACAACCACUGUGUUGCUGUGAUGAACAACUUCGUCUUUGUCAUGGGCGGCCAGGAUAAGUUUGACCCCACAGGGCAAUUUCCUUCCAACAAGGUGCUCCGGUUCGACCCCCGGUUCCGCACGUGGCUCCAGGUGGUCGGCAUGCAGGGCCGGCGUACACGUUUCCACGCGGGGGCUUUGAAUGACCGGCUGGUGGCCGUGGGGGGAGGAACGCUGCUGGGGACCCUCACCGGCGCGGCCGAGGAGUACCGUCCGGCCAAGAACCAAUGGCGCAGCAUCACGCCUUUCCCGGUGCCCAUCGCCGACCACGCCGGAGCCACACACAAAGGCAUCCUCUACGUAUCGGGAGGUUUUGCAAGAGGCGAAACCUCGCCUGACGUCUACAGCUACCUCUCCCGCCUGCGCCAGUGGGUGAAGAACCGGCCCAUGACCUUUGCCCGCUGCAACCAUGGGAUGGCCGCCCUCGAGGACAGGCUCCUCUGCGUCGGAGGACGGGCCCUGAGCAAUGAUGGGGAAUGGGUUCCCGUCACCAAGACGGAGUCUUACUGCCCGGUUUCUGACCAGUGGACCCUGCUGGACCUCCCUGCUUUGGACCUCUGCCAGUUUGGCCUCGCCGCACACCAGCAACAACUGUACAUCACGGGGGGCGGCUCGCUGUGCCACCGGAGCAAAGAGGAGGGUGUCUACAUCUGUGACACGAACCAGAAAGCAUUUGGGAAGGUGGGGUCCCUGCCCGUGGCCCUGGCAGACCAUGGCUCCUGUUUUGUCCACCUCCCCAUGCGCAAACAGAUGGGUGAAGAGGAGCCACUGGUCAGCGGAAGGAAGAAAUCCUCCCUCAACUUGCGCAUGACCAACACACACAGUCCAAGCUGCUCUUCAGAGGGGGUGAAAUCAACAAGGAACACGUGGUCUGAAGCUCCAAUUGACAUGUAAACAAUGGGAUUUUUACAGGUCAUAAAAUCAUAGUUGAAAAGCACAAUCAAAGCCCCCUCAACAGAUGGCCAUCCAUCCAAUGGUGGGAGUGUAAGAAAAUUAAAGAUUACUGGAAGAAGAUUCAUAAAGCGACACAAAAAAUAUUACAAAAAAAACUUCCCCUUACUACCAGAAAUAUACUUGCUGGGAAUUUCUAACAUAAAGCUUAAUAAAAACCAAGUCAAAAUACUAUUUCUUAUAGGGACAGCGGCAAGACUCGUUCUUGCUAAGGUAUGGAAGCAAAAAAAUGUCGCCACUAUUGAAGAUUGGAUCUUAAGAUUAUUUGACAUCAUUCAAAUGGACAGUCUGACACAAAAACUUAGACAUGAAAAGGGAAAAACAGACUGGUCAGGCUUCAGAGAUUUUAUUAGAAAAAGCGGCUACACCCUUAAAAUAGACCUAUCCGAUGUAUUAAAAAAAAAAGAGGCAUAUUAGGACGGCUAGAUCGGAAGAAAAAAUGAACAUUGGCAACGAAUAACAGUCCCCAAAGAAGAUCUUGGGAAGUCAACUUUUUGCUUUUUGUUUUGUAUUUUUUUGUCUUUUUAUUUAAUUAUUAUUAUUAUUUUAAAAAUUAAUU